AUGGCUAAGACUUCGUGCACGUUCAACAACAGUAAAAUCAAACUACCCAGACCUCUCCCUCACAGUGGACUGUGCCUCCCCCAGACCUCUCCCUCACAGUGGACUGUGCCUCCCCCAGACCUCUCCCUCACAGUGGACUGUGCCUCCCCCAGACCUCUCCCUCACAGUGGACUGUGCCUCCCCCAGACCUCUCCCUCACAGUGGACUGUGCCUCCCCCCGACUCUCCCUCACAGUGGACUGUGCCUCCCCCAGACCUCUCCCUCACUGUGGACUGUGCCUCCCCCAGACCUCUCCCUCACUGUGGACUGUGCCUCACCCAGACCUCUCCCUCACUGUGGACUGUGCCUCCCCCAGACCUCUCCCUCACAGUGGACUGUGCCUCCCCCAGACCUCUCCCUCACUGUGGACUGUGCCUCCCCCAGACCUCUCCCUCACAGUGGACUGUGCCUCCCCCAGACCUCUCCCUCACUGUGGACUGUGCCUCCCCCAGACCUCUCCCUCACUGUGGACUGUGCCUCCCCCAGACCUCUCCCUCACUGUGGACUGUGCCUCCCCCAGACCUCUCCCUCACAGUGGACUGUGCCUCACCCAGACCUCUCCCUCACUGUGGACUGUGCCUCCCCCAGACCUCUCCCCUCACUGUGGACUGUGCCUCCCCCAGACCUCUCCCUCACUGUGGACUGUGCCUCCCCCAGACCUCUCCCUCACUGUGGACUGUGCCUCCCCCAGACCUCUCCCUCACAGUGGACUGUGCCUCCCCCAGACCUCUCCCUCACAGUGGACUGUGCCUCCCCCAGACCUCUCCCUCACUGUGGACUGUGCCUCCCCCAGACCUCUCCCUCACAGUGGACUGUGCCUCAGACCUCUCCCUCACAGUGGACUGUGCCUCCCCCAGACCUCUCCCUCACUGUGGACUGUGCCUCACCCAGACCUCUCCCUCACAGUGGACUGUGCCUCCCCCAGACCUCUCCCUCACUGUGGACUGUGCCCUCAUCCAGACCUCUCCCUCACAGUGGACUGUGCCUCCCCCAGACCUCUCCCUCACAGUGGACUGUGCCUCACCCAGACCUCUCCCUCACUGUGGACUGUGCCUCCCCCAGACCUCUCCCUCACAGUGGACUGUGCCUCCCCCAGACCUCUCCCUCACUGUGGACUGUGCCUCCCCCAGACCUCUCCCUCACUGUGGACUGUGCCUCCCCCAGACCUCUCCCUCACAGUGGACUGUGCCUCCCCCAGACCUCUCCCUCACUGUGGACUGUGCCUCCCCCAGACCUCUCCCUCACAGUGGACUGUGCCUCCCCCAGACCUCUCCCUCACUGUGGACUGUGCCUCCCCCAGACCUCUCCCUCACAGUGGACUGUGCCUCCCCCAGACCUCUCCCUCACAGUGGACUGUGCCUCCCCCAGACCUCUCCCUCACAGUGGACUGUGCCUCCCCCAGACCUCUCCCUCACUGUGGACUGUGCCUCCCCCAGACCUCUCCCUCACUGUGGACUGUGCCUCACCCCAGACCUCUCCCUCACAGUGGACUGUGCCUCCCCCAGACCUCUCCCUCACAGUGGACUGUGCCUCCCCCAGACCUCUCCCUCACAGUGGACUGUGCCUCCCCCAGACCUCUCCCUCACAGUGGACUGUGCCUCCCCCAGACCUCUCCCUCACUGUGGACUGUGCCUCACCCAGACCUCUCCCUCACUGUGGACUGUGCCUCCCCCAGACCUCUCCCUCACUGUGGACUGUGCCUCCCCCAGACCUCUCCCUCACUGUGGACUGUGCCUCACCCAGACCUCUCCCUCACAGUGGACUGUGCCUCCCCCAGACCUCUCCCUCACUGUGGACUGUGCCUCCCCCAGACCUCUCCCUCACUGUGGACUGUGCCUCCCCCAGACCUCUCCCUCACUGUGGACUGUGCCUCAGACCUCUCCCUCACAGUGGACUGUGCCUCCCCCAGACCUCUCCCUCACUGUGGACUGUGCCUCCCCCAGACCUCUCCCUCACUGUGGACUGUGCCUCAUCCAGACCUCUCCCUCACUGUGGACUGUGCCUCACCCAGACCUCUCCCUCACAGUGGACUGUGCCUCACCCAGACCUCUCCCUCACUGUGGACUGUGCCUCCCCCAGACCUCUCCCUCACUGUGGACUGUGCCUCCCCCAGACCUCUCCCUCACUGUGGACUGUGCCUCCCCCAGACCUCUCCCUCACUGUGGACUGUGCCUCCCCCAGACCUCUCCCUCACUGUGGACUGUGCCUCCCCCAGACCUCUCCCUCACAGUGGACUGUGCCUCACCCAGACCUCUCCCUCACUGUGGACUGUGCCUCACCCAGACCUCUCCCUCACUGUGGACUGUGCCUCAUCCAGACCUCUCCUCACAGUGGACUGUGCCUCCCCCAGACCUCUCCCUCACUGUGGACUGUGCCUCAUCCAGACCUCUCCCUCACAGUGGACUGUGCCUCCCCCAGACCUCUCCCUCACUGUGGACUGUGCCUCCCCCAGACCUCUCCCUCACUGUGGACUGUGCCUCCCCCAGACCUCUCCCUCACAGUGGACUGUGCCUCCCCCAGACCUCUCCCUCACAGUGGACUGUGCCUCCCCCAGACCUCUCCCUCACAGUGGACUGUGCCUCCCCCAGACCUCUCCCUCACAGUGGACUGUGCCUCCCCCAGACCUCUCCCUCACAGUGGACUGUGCCUCCCCCAAACCUCUCCCUCACAGUGGACUGUGCCUCCCCCAGACCUCUCCCUCACAGUGGACUAAAUCCGCAGAUGUCCAGACGCCGCUCCUACAUUCACGGGCAUUUGUCAUCAGUCUGGAGGCUUAACCACCAGAGGGGAGGGGGCUGUCAUGGGUGA